CUCUUUCUCUGGAAUAAUUUAUGCAAGUGUCUGUCAGUGCUGCUGGUGAAGUGGGUUGGUAGGAGUGGCUGAUGCGCUGGCAGCCUGCUUUGCAUGAAGUUAGUGGCUGCAGCUUGGAUAUUUCCUGUCAGCCGCACACAGCCGAGGCGAGGGCGGAGGAGAGGAGAGGGAUGGCAGAGAACAGCUCCGAGACAAGCAGCGUCGUUCACCGGAGAUGUUUGGCCCAUUCUCCGGUGGACAGAAAUAUUUCUGCCGGUGUCGGGGCAUCGAAAUGGAUUCGAUUAAACGUCGGCGGGACGUAUUUUUUAACAACAAGACAGACGCUGUGUAGAGAUCCAAAAUCAUUUCUGUACAGACUGAGCCAAGCUGACCCCGAGCUCGACUCUGACAAGGAUGAAACUGGUGCCUAUCUCAUAGACAGAGACCCUACAUACUUUGGGCCAGUGCUUAACUACUUGAGGCAUGGCAAACUGGUGCUCAACAGGGACUUGGCAGAAGAAGGUGUGCUAGAAGAAGCCGAAUUCUACAACAUCACAUCAUUAAUAAAGCUCCUCAAGGACAAGAUCAGGGAACGCGACUGUAAAACAUCACAGGUUCCAGUGAAGCAUGUGUACCGGGUGCUGCAGUGCCAGGAGGAGGAGCUGACACAGAUGGUGUCUACCAUGUCUGACGGCUGGAAGUUUGAACAGCUUGUCAGUAUAGGUUACGGGCGGGCCCACCAGUCAGAGUUUCUGCUGAUUGUGUCAAGGGAGGUGAAGGGAGAGGAGUCUGCUAAGCCAAACAACAGCGGAGAGCUGGUCAGCAUAGGCUCAUCUUACAACUACGGAAACGAAGACCAAGCUGAGUUCCUGUGUGUAGUAUCCAAGGAGCUGCACAAUCAAUCAUACGGGACAAACAGUGAGCCCAGUGAGAAGGCCAAGAUCCUUCAGGAAAGGGGUUCCCGGAUGUGAAGAGGACUCAGUAUUUUGAGCUCCAGGUGUUAUGAUGCAAACAUAUCAUCUUUGUGGAAGAACGUUUGGCACAAUGGAGAUUU